UUGAACGGUUUAAUUGCUUUCCCGGAACGCAGAGCCAUGCAGUCAUACUUCAAGUGGUCUGAUUGGAUAAUUGGAUUUUUAUGUCUUUUAAGGUUUUGUGAUAGCUUAAAUAAUGGCUUAGCACUAACACCACCAAUGGGAUGGAUGAGCUGGCAGCGGUAUCGUUGUAACGUGGAUUGUUAUAAUUAUCCUAACGAUUGCUUAAGUGAAAUGUUAAUAAAACGCAUAGCAGAUCUUAUGGUUUCGGAAGGGUAUAAAGAUGCUGGUUACGAAUAUCUGAUAAUAGAUGAUUGCUGGCUUAAUAAGACUAGAGGAAGAAAUGGUGAAUUGUUGGAGGAUGCUGAAAGAUUCCCGAGUGGCAUGAAAAAUUUAAGCAAUUAUGUAAGACCAACUAAUAAAUCAUAA